GGAACCCUUUGUAAAUUCUUUCCAAGUUGACGCGUGGGACCAAUUUCGUCAACACAAUCCGGAAUGGUCAACAUGGCGGCAGCUGUAAGAUGCCUCGGUAGAGUCUUGAUACAUCGUCAAAGGCAUAGUCUUUCCAAGAUGGCUUCUCAGACGUCUCUUUAUCCUUGUUCUGUAUACGUUCCAGUGCCCAACAGACAUUUUGCUGCUGCUACAAGGCCUGCAAAGAAAACAAAAAAAGGUGCCAAAGAAAAAGCAUUGGAUGAGAAAAAAGAUGAGAUAGAAAAAAUAAAGUCAUAUCCCUUUAUGGAAGGUGAACCUGAAGAUGAUGUCUACCUAAAACGCUUAUAUCCAAGGCAGAUAUACGAGGUGGAGAAAGCUAUUCACUUACUUAAGAAAUUUCAAGUUCUGGACUUUACUAAUCCAAAGCAAGGUGUCUAUCUUGAUUUGACACUGGAUAUGACACUGGGGAAGAAGAAAAAAGUGGAGCCAUUUGCCAGUGUUCUUAGUUUGCCAUACCCAUUUGUUUCAGAGAUCAGUAAAGUUGCUGUAUUUACAGGGAAUGCAUCAGAGAUAAAAAUAGCAGAAGAAAAUGGAGCUGCAUUUGCAGGAGGAACUAAUCUGGUUCAGAAGAUUUUGGAUGAUGAAAUUCAACCAGACUUUUAUGUAGCUGUUCCAGAAAUAAUGCCGGAGCUUAAUCCAUUAAGGAAGAAACUGAAAAAAAGAUUUCCUAAGCUUACUCGAAAUUCCAUUGGCCGAGACAUCCCCAAAAUGCUUGAAUUAUUUAAAACUGGACAUGAAAUUAAGGUAGAUGAAGAAAGGGAGAACUUUCUGGAGACCAAAAUAGCAACACUGGAUAUGUCAAGUGACCAGAUAGCUGCCAAUCUGCAAGCAGUUAUCAGUGAAGUUUGUAGGCAAAGACCGCUGAAUUUGGGACCCUUUGUGGUACGUGCUUUCCUUCGAAGUUCAACAAGUGAAGACCCUGCACAGGAAGAGGGAAACCAAGGAAAGCAUGGCAGUCUCUUUAUAGAAGUCACUGGGAUCAGAUGUGGGGAAGGCUGUGGCAGCUUCGGUUUGUGAGGCAUGACACCAGAGAUGUAGGCGCUACACAGGGACGCUCCAGGACUCUGCAGGGGGGUUCACUGAGACGUCUGCGCUGUGCUGAGAUGGGCCUGCAUAGAGUGAAAUGCCGCAAGGCUAGACUAAACGCAAUUAUUGCGGAGCUUUAAGUUGAACAAUUCCCAGAACUUACAUGUGGCUGAGAGACAUUUGAGUUUUGACCACCAGAGCGGAAAGACAUUAUUGAAAAUCCUGGGCAUUCAGUAGAUACCCCAGAGUUGUGCCUUCAAAUUGGGCUAAAAGAGCUCUAGAGUAGAGGCUACUCCGGACCACCAAUAACACUUUAAAAACAACCUCAAAAGGAUCAAAUUGAUUGGCAAGGAAGUUAACUGCCUGCCAAAUUCAACACUCUUUAAAUGCAGAAAACAAAAUCCAAAAUUUUAAGAACAUAGCUUUUAUGGUGUCUGGUACCCAAUAAAAAAUAUGACAUGCAAAAAGGAAGGAAGAAAAUCAGUCAAUAGAAACUGACUCAGAAAUUAUGGAGAUGAAUGAAGUAGCUGACAAGGGCUUUAAAACAACUAUAGUAAAUAUGUACAAGUGUGUAAUGAAAAACAUGAGCAUAAUGAGGAGAGAAAUGGAAGACAUUAAAGAAGGCAAAGGGAGCUUUAGAGCUGCAAUGCAAUUUAGAAAUGCAAUAUCUGAACGGAAAAUUCACCAAUGGAUUAACACCUAUAGCCACUGCAGAAGAAAAGAAGCAUGACUUAAAGGUACUGCAGUAGGAACUAUACAAAUUGAGGUACAGAAUGAAAAUAAUAAUAGUAAUAAAAGGCCAGAUCCUCAGUGAUCUGAGGAAUAUUCAAAGUGAUCUAACGUAUGUGUAAUUGGAGUAUCUGAAAAGGGCAGGGGAGAGGAGCCAGAAAAUAUAUAUUUGAAGUAAUAAUGGUUUAAUUUUUAACGAACAGGAUGAAAACUAUGAUUUCUAAAUCUAAGUAAAUGAACUUCAAGCAGGAUAAUUGAAAGGAAAACCAUUCUAAGGCAUAUCAUAUUCAAUUUGUUGAGAAUCAGUGAUAACAUAACACUCAAAAGCAGCCAGAGAGAAAAAGAAACAUUAAAUACAGGGGUACCAAGAUAAGAAUUACUGAUUUCUUGUCAGAAGUAAUGCAAGCCAAAUAGGGAAUGGAAUGAUAACUUUAACAUGCUUAAAAAAAAGUUAAUGUAGAAUUCUAUGUCAAGUGAAAAUAUCCUUCAAAAAUGAGAGCAGCAUAAAGACUUAUUUGACAAAUAAAACACAGAGAAUUUAUUUCCAGCAGACCUGAAUUACAAGAAAUGUUAAAGGAAGUCCUUCGAGAGGAAGAAAACUGAUACCAGUACAAACCCAGUUCCAUACAAAUGAAUGAAGAAUGCCAGAAAUGGAAAAUAUGUGGGAAAAUACAAAAAAUGCUUUUCUGAUUUUUAUCCUUUCUUUUAAAAAAAUUACCUUUUAAAAGCAAAUGUAAUAACAGUGUAUAGUGGGGUUUAUAACAGUUUGAAGUAAAAUGUAGGAAAAUAGCACAAAGGUUGGCAUAUGGUAUAUACUUAUACUUGGCUUAUUUCAGUUGCAUGCAGCUUUCUGUGUUCAUCUAGUAUUUUUAGUGGAUGAAAUCACAUGUAAAAUCAAAAGUCAAGUUAAUACUAAAAAUUUUUGUUAUUGUGUUAAAACAAGUUUGCAUUUUUGAAAACAAACAUUGUAGUAGAACUGACUGUAUAGUUCACCUAGUAUGACAAAAGUUUGCACCCAUGUUACCAUGAUGAAAAUCAAGAUACAGAAAUUUUCCAUCACCCCCAAAAGUUUACUUGUACACUUUGUACUGAUUCUUGCCUUCAGCUCCAAGCAACAGUAGAUUUGUGUUCUGUCACUAUAGUUUUGCUUGCUGUAGAAUUUCAUAUGGAUGGCUCAUACACUGUUAUGUAUACGUUUUAAUAUUUUAAAAUUCAUCCACAUUGCUGCAUAUAUCAAAUAGAUUAUUCUUUUCUAUUGCUGAAAUAUAUUCCAUUAUAUAGAUAUGCCAAAUGUAUUUAUCCAUUCAUUCACCUGUUGAUGGGUAUCUGUGUUGUUUCCAGUUUGUGGUUAUU